AUGCCCUACACCAGUCCUCCCAACACGCCCCCCCGCCACCGCUACUGCACCCAGACAGCGCCGCCGCCGCCGCUCUUGGCGAAUCCAGCGCCUCCCCCUCCCCCCGCCCGACAUGCACACGGCCCGCAUCCAACGGGACAACGUCCUCCACAGGGAAACCCUAGAGGAUUCCGAGCCAACGCGCUUGACUUCCCCAUCAUUGCCGACUCUGACUUGCCGGCACACAAGGCCACACAAUUCGGGACCCCAACAAUUCGGGACCCCAACACCCGGGGGAGCACACACACCCAGCCUUAUAGCCAUCAGCAACCACCGGGGCUAUAUCCCGCUGCCCACAAAGCGGACACGAACAGCGAAUGGCUCACCCAGGCAGCCACCCGCGACACAGGUCCACACCACGUUAUGGUCAUGGGCGGCGAUUUCAACAGAUGUGAUCGGUCUUCUCCAACGCCACGCUCUGGCCCCAACAAUGAUAUCGGCAUCGCCUUCCAACAAUGGUCUCAGCGCAUGGGUCUCGUCACCACCUUCCGUCACCGCCACCCUAACUUCGAACGAUACACAUACGCCCGCAACAACACAACCGUUGCUCUAGACGACAUAUACAUCUCGGCCCGAACAGCCCACAAAAUGGGAGCUAGUGGCAUCUGGCUGCACACCAUCCACUCCAGUGACAAUGCAGGCACUCCAUACAUGGCCAUUGACCUGUUCCCCGGCGAUCACACUCCCUACCGACUUACUGGGGUCCAGCCCAUCCGCGCAGUCACCCGCAACCUUGCAAAGGUUGAAAUUAAUUCCUUCGGCGCGCACACAUCAAAACUCCUCCUCGAGGGUCAACUACCCCAACUAACCCCCGCGCCCCCCACCAAAGCCGCCACAACGUGGUCCCCCCAAGAAAUCGUGGACUGGCUCGACGAAGCCGUCCGCAACCUGUAUGACAUCCUCUACACCAGCGCGAAACUCAAAUGGGGAGAAACCAGCCAAACCAGGAAAGCCCUCAACAGGGCAGUCGAAAUACAGAGAAACAACCAGUGCACCGCGCAUCUCCGCCAACUGUUUCGCCUCCAUGAGGCGAACCUGCACACUGGCACAGAAUUCACCCGACUUGCCCACCUAGUGGAAUGGCCCAAGUGGAUCCGCAAUCCCAACGUUCUCCCCCCUCGUGCUGGCACCGCGCUGGAGCCAUUGCUGUUGGCAAAUGGUGGACUACAAUGCCUACCGAACAGAACCCUGCCCACGACUGGGACCUCUGGCCCCGACAUGGACUCGCACGCUGGACCAACGUCUGUCGCAAACGUAGGGACUGUCGAACUACCAGCCUACGCCAAACACGAAUGCAACAACGUACGGCAUGGUUUAAAAGCCGACAAAUCCGGAAAUUCCUCCGCUCGGCAUUCGGUACUACCGCACCGCCCAUCUCUAUACAGAGCGUCAUUGUCCGUCCCGACGAUGGCCCCCGCGAACGCGCCCCCGGCACCUGACACAGGUCUGGAAGCCAACCGCCAACAAGUCCCACAAUUAGUCCGCGACUGGCUCCUCCAUGACGUCGAUCGCCCCGACGAGGUCACACAUGCCUUCCAAACCCCUGAGGGCACCACUUGGGACACGUACCACUAUGAUGAAGACAUCCAAGCACGCUGCGAACGCAGUCUUCGUACACGCGUCUCCCCAGAACAUGGGGGCGUUCACAUGAACUCUGGAUCGGUGCCCCGGCAUGCAUACGCGAUCGGGAACGGGUGA